AUGUCAAGAUACGCCGCCGUCCACCAGAACCCGCAAGGCGCGGGUGACUCGCGCCCAACGGCCCUCCAAAUCGUUGAAGACGAAGGCCUCGUAGGAAAGCUGACGGACAAGGUCAUCUUCGUCACCGGCGCGAACCAGGGGCUCGGCCUCGAGACAGCCCGCGCUCUCCACGCAACCGGUGCCACGGUCUACCUGGGCGUCAGAGACCUCACCCGCGGCCAGAAAGCCAUCGACGAUAUCAAGGCCACCAACUCGGACAGCAAGGGCGCUCUGCAUCUCAUCGAGAUUUCCCUCGACUCCCUCAGCUCGGUGCGCAAGGCAGCCGAGGACUUCCUGGCUAAGAGCAAGCAACUCAACAUCCUCCUCAACAACGCGGGCGUCAUGUCCAAGACGAAGGAGAAGACCGUGGACGGGUUCGAGAAGAACUUCGGGACGAAUCACCUGGGCCACUUUCUCCUGUUCCAGCUGCUUAAGCCCGCUCUCCUAGCGUCCUCCACUCCUGAAUUUCACUCUCGAGUGGUCGCCGUCUCUUCUCAGGUUCAUCGCGUCAGCGAGAUUCGCUUCGAUGAUUACAACCUCGACAAUGUGGUGUACGACCAAAUGUUAGCCUACGGCCAAUCUAAGACUGCGAACAUCUACUUCGCAAACGAGAUAGAAAGGCGAUUUGGCGGAAAGGGUCUUCACGCGUUCUCUCUCCACCCCGGCACCAUCGUCACGAACAUGAGUCAAGACGCUUUCGUCACCGGCAAGGACCAGCUCAAGGCCAUGAUGGGAGAAAUGUUUGAGCCGAUGAUGAGGAACAUGAAGAGUGCGCCGCAGGGCGCCGCGACUUCUGUCUAUGCGGCGUUGAGCAAAGACUGGGAAGGGAAGGGAGGUAAGUACCUGAACGACUGCGCGGAAGCGGCGGCUGGCAAGCCGGACAGCCCACCGCUGUCAAUGGACAACGGGUAUGCUACGUGGGCUUAUGAUCAGGAGAAGGCGGACAGAUUGUGGAAGGAGUCGAACAAGAUGGUCGGACUGGACGAGAGCGCUUAG